CUGUCCAUAGAAUAGAGGUCCUACUGCACUCUGUAUAAUCCAUAACGUCACGGCCACCGAUUUAAUGUGAUUUCAGGUACUUAUGUGGAAGAACAAUGCCUGACCGACCACGAGAUGGGACGGUGCACAAGAUGCACCUACGGGGAAGAUUAUACCGCGUACCCUAGUGGAAUUGACCACUGCGUUUCGUGUGACAGAUGCAGUUUUGACAAAGAGCUGGUGAAACCCUGUACGCGGACGUCGAAUACAGUGUGUCGCUGCAAACGUGGCAGAUUCUGCCCGAACGGAUCUUGUGAAGUUUGCUUAACUUGUAAAAGGUGCCCUGGGCGUGUAAAGCUUGAAUGCAACGACACUUCGGACACCAUUUGUGAAGAUAUUCUUCCAGACACCACUCAAAACCCUGCCGUUUCCUUCACAGCACCACCCACCAAGGACACGGACACUACGUGGAUUAUAUAUCCCUGUUUGGGAAUCGUUGUAGCCUUUGUAAUUGGUGUCGGCAUAUUUGUAUGUUGCAAGAAAAAAGUUUGUCAACCAGGCGCAAAAAAGAUUUUAGACAGCGGGACGACCUCGCUGACCGAUGUUAGCGUUGAUGGAAGAACCUCAACGCCUUUGCAACAGAAGAAAACCGGUGAAGGGAACCGCUCUUUUUCAGAAGAGGUCGUAUCCACCGAUGUUGAGCGUGAAAGCCUUCUUCAGGCUUCCAAGGCUGACACCUCUGCGUCUUCUAAGUCGGAGCGCCUCGGAUUUCCACCCGGACAGAGCUUGUCCACGGAAGGUGAGGAUGCAGAAGCGCCUUCGCACGACUCGACCAGCAACCACCCAUCGCAGCAAAGUCUUGGUACCGGUACCAGCAGUAACUGCUGCGGAGGAGAAAACCCGCGCGAAACAAAUGACCAAAACGCACAAGCGGCUUCCGCCAGUGAAUCGGAUGACCAAAGAAAGUUAACUGCAGAGGAUUGGACUCGCUGUUUCCAUUGCUUUAUAAGGAACGUGCCUAAAAAGAACUGGAACAGCUUCAUGAGAACGCUUCACCCGAAUGAGAGAAUCAUCGAGGUUUGCGACCACGACUAUCCCAGUAACGUCGAAGAACGCAAUUACCAAAUGCUGAGGCAGUGGAGGGAGGAGGUCGCAUGCAAAGCUUCUAUUAAAGUCCUCCUGGACAGUCUCCACAAAAUACACCUGAAUGCAUGCAGGGAGAAUGUUAUAAAUGAGCUGCGUCUUGAAAAGAUACCGAUUAGUUAA